AUGGCCGAACAGCGACAUGGGCCGCUGUCUGUGAUCCAUGCGGGCCUCAUGCGCACCGGUACACUGUCAAUGAAGCGCGCCUACGAGAUGCUCGGCCUGCGCGCGCAUCACGGCUUCGAGAUGGACUCGUGGGAUGACUAUGCGGGGCUAGAGCUCGCGGCCGAGGCCACGUGGCCGAGCGUGCCCGGCGCGCGGAAGCCCGUGCCCCCACCCUUCACCAGCGCCGACUGGGACCGGCUGUUCCCCAACUAUGACGUCGUCACCGACCUGGCCUCGCUCUUCGCCGAGGAGAUGAUCCGCGCGUAUCCCGAGGCCAAGGUGGUGGUAGUGCAGCGGGAUUUUGACGCCUGGUGGACCAGCUUCGCGAGCGCCGUCCUAUCAAAGGACAUCCCGGGCAACCCACUCGCCUUGGCGUUGGUCCACGCCCUCUAUCGGGCAGCCGGGACGCGCGUGUUCGACGCCGUCUCAAAGAUGGUCAACGGCGCCUUUGGCACGCAGUCGUACCGCGACAUCACCACUGAGAAGGCGAGAGCCUUCUACGACGCAUACUACAGCCGCAUCCGCCAGAUGGUGCCCGCGGAGCGGAGGCUCGAGUAUAGUUUAAGCCAGGGCUGGGAGCCACUGUGCCGCUUCCUCGACAAGCCCAUCCCAAAUGCGCCAUUCCCCCGUGUCAAUGACAGUGGCGAGAUGCAGCGCCGAAAGAUGAGUGAGUUCGGGAGGAUUGUGUUCCAGGUCGGGCGCAACAUACUGCCUUACCUUCUUGGAGGAGCCGGCGCCGCGCUCUCCGUCUGGCUGUAUAGCGUCUCCAAGUAG